AGUAUCGAUUCCGUGCCAUCUUUAGUUGGUGGUGGGUGCAUUUGUUUGUGCGUAGAAAGGAAAGCGUAAAUUGCCGAAACGAAAAAACCUGUAAAGACCAACAAACUACCAGGGAACAUACAAACGCGUUAGCUGGGCACAAUCGCCACAUCCCCGGAUCGGAACAAGAACAACCGGUACACCAGCGCCACGCCACCAUGGACAUCAUGGACAUCCAGGCCGUCGAGUCCAAGCUGAGUGACGUCACGGUGACACCGAUACCGCGCAGUCAGGUGCAGAACUUCUACAACUACCAGCAGCAGCGGGAGCAGCGCGAGCAGCAGCCGCAGAUCCAGAUCUCGGCCAUCCACCACUCACGGGGCAGCGGCGGAGGAUCCGCCUCCACGGCCACGGACUACUCCACGGGCGGCAGCGCGGGCAAGCGUGAGCGGGAGCGCGACCGCUCCUCGGCCAGCGACUACAGCAGCUCCGCCAGCAAACAGAGCUCCGCUGUAGCGGCCAAUGCAGCAGCAGCCGCCGCCGCCGUAGCCGCGCUCCAGUAUUCCCCGCAGUUCCUCCAGGCGCAGCUGGCCCUCCUGCAGCAACAGUCCAACACAACGGCCACUCCGGCAGCCGCCGCCGCUGCGGCCCUCUCGCUGGCUAACAUGUGCUCCACCAACGGUGGCCAGCGGAGCUCGGCCUCUGCCGCCAGCAGCGCCCAGAGCAUGGGCCUCAACCUGAGCUCCUCACAGCUUAAGUACCCGCCGCCAUCCACCUCGCCCGUGGUGGUGACCACUCAGACCUCGGCGAACAUUACCACGCCGCUAACAUCCACGGCCAGCCUGCCCUCCGUGGGGCCGGGCAACGGCCUGACCAAGUACGCCCAGCUUCUGGCUGUCAUCGAGGAGAUGGGCCGCGACAUCAGGCCCACGUACACAGGAUCGCGCAGCUCCACGGAGCGGCUCAAGCGCGGCAUUGUCCACGCCCGCAUUCUGGUGCGCGAGUGCCUUAUGGAGACGGAGCGAGCGGCUCGCCAAUGAGAGGAGGAGUCGCUGGCGCCGCAGCUGGCGUCGCCGGAUUGAAUGGACCAGGAUGUGCGAGUCAUCCUCAUCAUACGACUAGGUUAAUUCCCCGAACCGCAGAAACGAUGGGUCGAAUCUACCUACCAGGCAUCUUUGGAGCGAUCAGUUAUCUUUGUGAGCCAAUAUCUCAAGACAAAAGAACGCGCUCAAGAAGAGCGAGCGUUCCUUUUCUUUUCUUGAUUGCUUCUUUUUCUGUAUCAAAAUUUUAUUGCUUGGCAUUCCAAAUUAUUAGAAUAAACAGGAUAAUAUCAUUUGGCUGAAUUUAAACAUUUUCAGUACAACACAAAUUUUGAAUUUAUAGUUUUAAUUUCAUUUUGGAAACAAGUUCCUCUGCUUUAUUAAGUUUGCGUUCAAAACACUUUCACCCAAUAUCUCAUGUUCAUGAUUAACAAGAGGCAGCUCGACAUCUGAGAAAUCAUUAUAAAUUCUGAAGUUUUCAAGCUGAACUUAGUGCAACAAGAUUGAACUUAAGUAUCAAACGAUAGGACGCUCUAAAGACUGUUUUUAGGUGAUGCCAAGACCCAUAAUUUCGCAUUAAGAAGUAGUAGUUUGUAUUACCUUGUAAGCCCCAUCAACUUUAUGGCCCUCGGGCCGCCGGACCAUAGUUAAAGAAUGUUUAGACUAGCUCAGGUUUAAAUCGGUUAAAUGUACAACGCUCUAGCUGCAGCACAAGUUAUUGGACCGAUGAACCGAUCCGCGGCAGACGCGCAGAUCGCCUCGGAUAAUGUCCCUUUACCACAUACCCACUUAUCUGUACUCGUAGUCCUAAGACCCAGAUGCACCUGCUGAUCCCGAGUGCUUGUUCCGAUGCGUGUGUCGUCUGCGCAGCGAAUGCGGUUAUUGCUGCGAUUGCUGCGGCGGCGGAUGCGGAGGCGGAGGCGGAGGAGAUCCGUCGAGAGGGGCAGGAUGUGCGCUCGACACUGCCGGAGCUCCUCGUUAUUUUAGAGAACUAUACAAAUUCAUAUAUGUAGUUAAGCAGAGAGAUAUAUGUAUACAUAUAUAUACUUGUUAUGCAAGCCGACGAUGUGCAUGUCCAAGUGAACGGUGAAUUAGUCGCAAUUGACACGAGAAUAUUUAUAUAUGUAUACACAUAGAACACAACUUGUAUAUUUACUAUAUAUAUGAGCAAAUACGACUAAGUUCAAGCCUGUAUACCAAACCGAAAUCGAAAUAAAUGCGCAAUUUUGGGUUUUGUAA